UAUGAUCGCAAUCGGAUGUAAAAGAUCCGAUUCUUUCAUUAGAAUAUAAUAUUGAUUAAAAAUUCAUGUAAAAAAUAUUACAAGAAUUGAAUAGUGACUCUACAGGAAGCUUUUAUUGUGGUGACAUCGUAACUGGAUCUGUUGUUAUAGAAUUUAAAAAGAAACAAAAAGUUGAACAUAUAACUUUUACCGUUUAUGGAACUAGUAAAGCACAAUGGAGUAGAUCGAUGCCUGUAAUGCCGUACUUAAAAAUGUAUUCGGAAAAGAACACCAUUUUAGAAUAUGAACUUGACGUUUUUUCAGAAUUGGACGGAAAAACGAUUAGCCCUGGUAUUCAAACAUUUCAUUUUCAUUUCGUUAUACCGGAUGACGCCCCAUCAACUUUUAAAAGCUCUAUUGCGGAAGUAAAAUAUUUUAUUAAAGUCGAAGGCAAAGCUGAUUGUAAGUUCAAAAAACUGAAGAUUGUACCUUUUGUUGUCCAGGGGAAUAUAAAUCUAAAUCACUUAGAGGAAUAUUUGAUACCCACGUUUCAUGAAACUAAAAAAACAUUGUGGGGAUCAGGAUUCUUCUCAAUAUGUUUUAAAACUUACAUAGGUUUCUCAUCCAGACAAUACAUACCGUUUGAGGCAAUUAUUACAAAUGAAAAGAAAGUAAAGAUUUCGAAAAUUAUUGUCAGUUUGAUUCAAAAACUUGAGUACAGCGUGUCUUCAGGAUAUGCUAAUGAAGAAAAACAUAUUAAUAAAAUUGAACACAAGAGAUUUUCUCAUACCGUUACUGAAAUGUGUCAUUUUGGAAUGGAAAUUCCUCAAACUAUACCUUCUAGCAUUCAUUUAACAAAUCCUACUGUAGAUAUUUCGUAUGUUUUGAGGGUGGAAGUCGUUUUUCCUUUUCAUUCAACUCUUUCUAAAGAUAUUCCUGUAACAGUAGCAACGAUUCCUGUAAUGCAUCAUGAUUUCAGUGAUUUUCAGUAUAAGCUGUGAUAUUUUAAUUCAUCAAUAUUAGUUCUUAACGCCUAUAUUAUUAAAUUUUAAAAUAAUUUCUUUAUAAACUCUAUUUUGUAACAAUCAGGGAGCAAAGUUGUAACAUAAAACCUGAAGGCAAUGAUUUAUGUAAAUGAUGUAUAUAAUGUAUUAUUUUUGUUAUUUUUAAUUAGAAAAUAUUUAAAAUUGGAA